UUUCAGGAGUCCGAGUAACCAAUGUCUUUGUUCCAAUAUUUUACAAGAAGAUUAUUGAUAAGAUUGCUGAGACAGGAACUAAUGCUAAGGACUGGCCCUGGGAUAUGGUUUCUAUCUGGAUGGUUUUAAAGCUACUCCAGGGUAGUGGUACAGGAGGACAAGGUUUACUGAACAACUGGAGAUCCUUAUUAUGGAUCAAGGUUCAACAGUUUACUACUCUGGAGAUACAGGUUGGACUCUUCAAACAUCUUCACAACCUUAGUCUCAGGUGGCAUCUUGGGCGGAAAACUGGAGAAGUGUUGAGAAUAAUGGAUCGAGGAACUAACUCUGUAAACUCUCUUCUUCAAUAUCUUGUCUUCAAUAUCCUACCAACCCUCAUAGAUAUUAUAGUUGCUGUUGUAUACUUUGCUGUUGAGUUUAACAUCUACUUCGGGUUGAUUGUGUUUGCUACAAUGUUCUUGUAUCUGGGAUCCACAGUUUGGAUUACAGAAUGGAGAACAAAAUUUAGGAAAAGAAUGAAUGAGAGUGAUAACGCUCAGCGAGCUCGAGGAGUUGAUUCUCUGCUAAAUGCUGAAACUGUUAAAUAUUAUUCAAUGGAAGAUUGGGAAGUUUUCAAGUAUAGAGAAGCAAUCUGUAAUUAUCAAGAAAUGGAGUGGCAGAGCAUGGCAAGCCUUCAGUUGUUAAAUUUGUUCCAGAGCAUUGUUAUUAACGGAGGCUUGUUCGGAGUCUCACUAUACUGCACAUACAGAGUAUCUACCGGGGAUUAUACUGUCGGAGAUUUUGUUCUUCUUGGAACAUAUUUUAUCCAGCUGAUGAGUCCGCUUAACUUCCUGGGUUCAGUGUAUAGAGCAAUACAGGAGAGUUUUAUAAACAUGGAGAAUAUGUUUACACUGCUAGAAGAAAAUAUUGAAAUUCAGGAUUCCCCUCACGCAGUGGAAUAUAUCCAGGACAGUGCGCCACCUCAGAUAGAAUUCAGAAAUGUAUGUUUUAACUAUUUAGAGAACAAAUCUGUUCUUCAUGAUGUAUCAUUCAUUAUAGCUCCAGGUACAGUUACAGCAGUUGUAGGUCCUACUGGGGGAGGGAAAUCAACCCUGGCUAAACUUCUUUUCAGACUGUUUGAUGCUGAGGAGGGUGGGAUUUAUAUAAAUGAUAAGAACAUCAAGGAGUUUAAACUCAGCUCCUACAGGUCGGAUAUAGGUGUAGUUCCUCAGGAUACAGUUCUGUUCAAUGAUACUGUCGGAUACAAUAUUGGAUAUGGCCGGCAAGGAUCGUCGCAGGACGAGAUUGAAGCGGCGGCCAAGAUGGCUGAGAUUCAUGAGACAAUUAUGCAGUUCCCGGACGAAUAUGAUACUCUGGUAGGAGAACGAGGUUUAAAGCUGUCAGGAGGAGAGAAGCAAAGGGUUGCUAUUGCAAGAACUCUUCUCAAGAAACCUAAUGUUGUCAUAUUUGACGAAGCUACGUCCUCACUUGAUACUCAAACAGAACAACUCAUUCAGGAAUAUUCAAAUAUUCAAAUAUUCAAAUAUUCAAUAUUCAAA